UCUCCCAUUUUCGUGUCCUAAUGGCUGAGUUGGCCACUUUUCCAGCCAUGGAGUCUUCAUAUGAGCUGCUCGAAUCGCUUCGAAUCCAGCUACCCGACUAUGAGAUCUGCAGGGUCUCGGACACGAAGAUGACAUUGCUCGCGGGCGUUCCACUGGAUUUUUUGAUGUAUCAUUGCAAAUGGUGCUGUGGUGUGUACUUUGCUUUCCAUCUCACCUUUCAGACGGACAGCACCAUUCUGGAAGAUCACAUCGAUACCAAGUACGACUGCAAGGUGCAUGAACGGGAGUGCAACGAGCAGAGAGAGCGCGUGAAAGCGAAGGUGAAAACUGGCAUUUCCCUUCAUCUGGCCAUCAAAAAUGAAAAAUCUCCAUCCCAUGGUCCCAUGACCAUUGGGAAGGCCGAACAGCUGAUGAGCUAUGAGAUCUCCUUCACCAAAAAUGGACCACUGGGCCUCUCGUUAAACGAAGAACCUGGCAGGAUGAAGGUGCUGAAGGUGAAGCCAGAGGAGUUCUUUGAGAAUUUCAACCGUCUACAUCCGCAGUCAGCUGUGAACGAGGGCGACUACCUGUUGGAAGUCCAAGGUGAAACACCUUCCUUCGACCAAAUACAUGGACUCAAAGACGGAGACAAGGUUCGAGUCAAAAUUGCCACCCCACGAGUUCCGCAGCCUCACCAGCACACCAUGGGGGAUGUUUGACUCCAUGGGGAUGGGUCCAACUUGGAGGCGACAAUGAAUUGGAUAUCGGAGAUACCAC